AUGCAUGAUAAGCGAUGUGACUUGUCAACUGCACCCAGCUCUCAACUUAUUCAGCUAGAUAUGGAUGUUCAACAGCUGUUUACAAAUCUCAAGAAGGAAGCCGAGUGUCCGCUGUGUCUAGAAACAGUCAAAGAUCCCAAGACACUGCCAUGUCUACACUCAUUCUGUCUGCAGUGUAUCGACAAGCACGCAGGAUAUGCAAAGAGAAAGUUAGAAACGACGAUCAAAUGUCCAGUUUGUCAAGCUUGCUUUCAGAUCCCCGAAGGAGACACGUUUGGCAGCCUUCCCACAUCUUUUCAUCUCAACCGAUUGGUGGAUCUCCUUGCUCUGAGAGAUGGCAGCCAAGAGGCUCAGAGAUGCAGUAGUUGUGAAGAAAACAACACGGCAACUUGCUACUGCUUUGUUUGCCAGAACUUUCUUUGCAAGGAUUGUUUUGAUGCUCAUCAGCGCCUGAGGGCCACGAGAGGUCAUCAUAAUGUUUUGAUCGAAAACUUGCAAGCGCAAGAUGUGGAGGACUUGAUGCACAGACCCGCCAUGUGUACAAAGAAAUAUCACGAGAAUGAACCGCUUGAUUAUUAUUGUCGAGACUGUAGCGUUUGUAUUUGCCACAAGUGCAGUAUAGUAAGUCAUAAUCGACAUACUUUAGUAGACUUACAGGAGGCUGCCGAAGAACGAAAGAUGCAAAUGACGCAAGUCUUUGCCAGAGUUAAGGAAAAACUUGUUACUGUGGAGUCAAAGAUAUCGGAGAAAACUGAACUGAUGAAACAAAGCGAAGAAGAAAUCUGCGCCGCUGAAAAGAAGGUUACGAUAACUGUGCAAGAAAUUAUUCGAGUUGCGAAGGAACAUGAAACGGCUGUAAAAACUAAGCUGGCAGAAAUUAGAGUCACGCAACAAAGAAUAUACGCAGCAAAAAUUGGAAGUGAUCAGUUACUUGCGGCUCAGCUAAAGAGUUCUGUCGAAUGUGGCGAAGGUAUCGUACAACGAAGCAUCGGUCCUGAAAUUCUGCAAGCAGGACAUGCUGUGCUUGGUCGAUGCGAGGAACUUUUAACCACACAGGAUAUUGAAGUAUGUAAACCUCAACAUGUAGUCUAUUGUGUAAAUUUGGAAGCUUUGAAUACUGUCAGAGACUUGGUUCCAGGUCAAGUAUUUGAGACUAACACGGAUCCUUCACAGUCAUCGGCAGAAGGAAUCGAGGCUGAAGCAGGCACUGAAACUAGCUUUACAGUAACAACGCGAGAUUCAAAGGGAAGUCAAUGUUAUGAUGAACAGACCAACUGA